AUGGAAGUGAUUCUCGAGGCUUCUGCUUUCUUUAGUGAAACAGUGGAGAAUAACAGGGACCUCCUCCUUCCCCCAUAUCCGAGUUACCCCCCACGAUCCAUGGUUUUGGAUAACAGCUCAUUGUCACACUUACAGUCAACAUACAAGUAUUUUCCAAAUGGGAUUUCCACCAGCGACCCUACGAAUGAAGCAAAGAACCCGAGACAAAAUGGCAAGCAAGACGAGUCCAAAAGCUUGAGGAAAGGAUUCGGCCACUUAAUAAGUUCGGCAGUGAAGACUUGGCUUCCCCUUGUUGGUGUAAUGUACAUAUUAAGCCUGUCCAAUUUCAUGCCGAACAUCGGGAAACGAAACCAUGUCAAGAUUUUUGGCAUGAGUCAUCAACGUGCGACUGAAGGGAAGAAGUCAAAUGCUCUAUGCCCACCUGGGAAAGUCCUGGUAAUGGAGGACGGAUAA